CACCGUUUCUUUCAUGCCAUAAUUAGGGUCGUCAAUCAAGCACAGUUCGAGCAUAAAUAUCCCUUUCCCUUUUCCACCACUAGAACAGCGCUUAUCUCUAAUCAUGCCCCGGGUGAAACAAAAGACCAAGGCGGAAGACCUAAAUCGCAUCCGCAACAACCAGCGGCGAUGUAGACAGCGCAAGCGAGACUAUGUCACAGAGCUUGAAUUGCGGCUCGCAAACAUGGAAUCAACGACGUCGCAGGAGAUCUGCAGACUUCGGGGUGUGGCCGAUGAGCUUCUCCAAGAAAAUGAGAGGCUGCGGGGAUUGCUGGACUCAACGUGUGUUGAUCGUAGGUGUGGGGAACGCAGCAGGCAGAUCGACGUGGCAGAACAGUUGGAAGGGAACAUAUCUAUUACUUCUGAUUCAAUGGAUGAUGGGAAAGUAUUCCCCGUCACGUCGUGGAUAGGCCUCGAACAAGGGGAGAAGUCCAUUGUUAAGAGCCCUGUUCAUCCUGAACUAUGUCCAUCGCCGUCUAUGUCACUCGAUCAUUUGACAGAUUUCUUCCGGGAGACCGACUACCCCCAGAACAUGCCUUCAAUGGAACCCGACUCAAUAUUCCUUCUCUCCAACCAAGUCCCACCCCAUACUACAGCUCCCACUGCAGACGUAGAGGCGUCCGAUUAUACCCAGGACACGACGGUGUGCGCCGUCGCAUUAGAGCUGGUCAUGAGCUGCAAUCGGAAAAACCUCAGUAUUUCAGAAUUAGAUAUGCGACUGCGAUGUGGAUAUCGCCGGGCGCAGUUCCAAUGGGAAGGCUGCAGGGUGGACAAUCGAGUCUUGUUCGCUGUGAUGAGUGAGAUUACAUGACGGAAGUGAUCGGAUGACGUACCAGUUUCCCCUCUUGGCACGUGCGCAAACUGGUGACAUAUCGGUUAUGGCCUCGUCCCCCAAUCACAGUCAGGCUGUGACCUACUUCUCAAUUUUGGGGAAUUAUCAGUAGGGGCAAUUGGGAAGCUAUAAACCAGCUGUCUCUCUUCCCUGCCCGCCUUCUCCCUUCACUUGCAUAUCACAAUCUCUGGUUACCAAUCUAACUACUCCUCAGCCGUCCAUCAUCUGAACCUAUAUCCCAA